GGUGUGGGCGGGGUUAGAUUCAGAAUAAGGGGUUUGUUGAAGUGAGGCAAUAGAAAAAGCCCCACCAGUAUUAUACUGGAACCAACAACGUGUCCCAACCAGAUUUUGGAUCUUCAUUUACUUCAUUUAUAACGAAUGAAAAGAGUUUAGUUGCUCCUGUGUUUUUUACCCCAAAAUCGUUUACCUGCACGGUGCUCAAACAAAGCGAACCCAGAUAACAGUUUUAGCUAGUUUUUUCUCCAGGAUCCGUUAAAAAAAAAGGGACACUUUCUGGACCUAAUGUUGCUCUGAUCCAACAACAAACACCCUGUCAAGCAACGACUUAAGAUGAAUCUCCAGUUGCUUUUUAUAGCGGUUUUAUCAGCGGUCAUCGGAGGCAGCUCAGCUCAACUAGAUGGUAGCAUAUGCAUCAAGGCGAACGCGCAGUCAUGUGGGGAAUGCAUCCAAGUCUCUGAAAAGUGUGGAUGGUGCACGGAUGAAAACUUUCUAACCAUUGGUUCGCCCAAGUCGGCCCGCUGUGACAACCUUGAGUCCCUGAAGGAGAAAAAGUGUCAGCAAAUUGAAAACCCACGUGGAAAAGUUAUCAUUACCCAGAACAAACCGGUCACAGCUCACAACGGACCUGGGAAACUGAAGCCUGAGCAGAUCACCCAGAUCCAGCCUCAGAAUCUCACACUCAAACUCAGAUAUGGUGAACCGCAAACCUUUAGUCUGAAAUUUAAGCGUGCGGAGGAUUACCCCAUAGAUCUGUACUACCUUAUGGACCUGUCCUUCUCCAUGAAAGACGACUUGGAAAAUGUCAAGAAACUUGGCACUGACCUCAUGAAGGAAAUGAAGAAAAUCACCUCAGACUUCAAAAUCGGUUUUGGUUCGUUUGUGGAGAAGACGGUCAUGCCUUACAUCAGCACCACCCCGGCCAGGCUGCUGAACCCCUGCACAGGCAGCGAGAACUGCACCAGCCCCUUCAGCUACAAGAACGUCCUGAAGCUGACCGAGGACGGAGAGGAGUUCAACCGGCUCGUCAGCCAGCAGCAGAUCUCCGGCAACCUGGACUCCCCGGAGGGCGGCUUCGACGCCAUCAUGCAGGUGGCCGUGUGCCAGGAUCAGAUCGGCUGGAGGAACGUCACCCGUCUGCUCGUGUUCUCCACCGACGCCGGCUUCCACUUCGCUGGAGACGGGAAGCUGGGCGGGAUCGUCCUGCCCAACGACGGGAAGUGUCACCUGGAGAACAACAUGUACACCAUGAGCCACUACUACGACUAUCCCUCCAUCGCUCACCUGGUUCAGAAACUAAGCGAAAACAACAUCCAGACCAUCUUUGCUGUGACUGAGGAGUUCCAGUCGGUUUACAAGGAACUCAAAAACCUCAUUCCUAAGUCGGCUGUUGGGACGCUGUCGGCCGACUCCAACAACGUGAUGAAGCUCAUCAUUGAUGCCUACAACUCUCUGUCCUCUGAGGUUGUUCUGGAAAACCCGAAGCGGCCAACGGGAGCUUCCAUUUCCUACACGUCCAUCUGCAAGGACAACGUGAUCAAUAAAGGAGAGAACGGGAAUAAGUGCGUCAACAUCUCCAUUGGGGACGAGGUGUAUUUCAACAUUACUGUACAUCACGAUGGCAAGAAGUGUCUGGCUGAUGGGAAAUCGGAGGUGUUCACGAUCAAACCUCAGGGCUUCAGGGAGGAGGUGACCGUGGUUCUGGAAUACAUCUGCGACUGCGACUGUGCGGCGAAAGGAGAGCCCAACAGUCAGCGGUGCUCUGACGGCAGCGGCAGCUACGAAUGCGGAUCCUGCAAGUGCAACGACGGACGCAUCGGGCAGACGUGCGAGUGCAGCAAGGACGACGUCCGGACCGAGGAUCUGGACGCCAACUGCAGAAAAGACAACGGCACAGACAUCUGCAGCAACAACGGCGACUGCGUCUGCGGUACCUGCGAGUGCAGGAAGCGGGAAAAUCCUGCAGAGGCGUACAGCGGCCAGUUCUGCGAAUGUGACAACUUCAACUGCGACCGCUCUGGCAACAAGCUCUGUGGAGGUCACGGUCGCUGUGAGUGCAGAAAGUGCAUCUGCGACGCCAACUUCACCGGCAGCGCCUGCGACUGCUCCAUGGACACCUCCACCUGUGUCGCCAGCAACGGCCAGAUCUGCAAUGGACGCGGCGUGUGCGAAUGCGGCAGCUGCACAUGCACAGACUCCAAAUUUCAGGGGCCGACCUGCGAGGCCUGCCCCACCUGUCCAGGUGUCUGCACGGAGCACAAGGACUGCGUCGAGUGUCUGACCUUCCAGACCGGAGUGAAGAAGGACGUGUGUAAGGAUGAGUGUAAGAACAUCCACCUGAUCCCAGUCCGGGACCAGGGUGAGCUGCCGCAGCCCAACGACCAGUCCUUCCCCCGGGUCAUCUGCAAGGAGCGCGACGAGAACGACUGCUCCUUCUACUUCUCCUUCGCCGUCAGGAACAACACCAACGAGGUCUACGUGGUGGACAAGCCCGAGUGCCCGUCCAGCCCUGACAUCAUCCCCAUCGUGGCCGGCGUGGUCGCCGGCAUCGUGAUGAUCGGCUUGGCGCUGCUGCUCAUCUGGAAGCUGCUCAUGAUCAUCCAUGACCGCAGGGAGUUCGCCAAGUUUGAGAAGGAGAAGAUGAACGCCAUCUGGGACACGGGUGAGAAUCCGAUCUACAAAAGCGCCGUAACAACCGUGGUGAACCCAAAGUACGAGGGGAAAUGAUGUCGCUUCUUUCUCCUUUGUGACGACACUGUACAUGGAGAGGAAAACGGGCCGAGACGAGCGGAGCGGGGCUUUUAUACGUUUGCUGUUUGUUGUCGUAUGAAAUGAUAGAGACGCAUCCUGCCACUCUCUGUUUUUGCUAACUUGUUUUUAUUUCCUUUGCUUUAUUUUGGAUUUUUGGGAGA